UCUCUAGCUUGAACCGGUCGUUGUCACGGACGCUCCCGAUAAAGUUUUAAGAGCUGUUUUGUUCCUUUAAAAUAUGACUCAUCAUGAUCAGAAUAUGAACUGAUACCUAGAUGUCUUCCAUCCAAGCAUAGCUCCUUGACAUAGCCCUAUGGCACUCAUUAAGACCUAUGCACGAAUCAAACCCACUGUGAAACCCUCCAAACUCCUGGAUCAUGAGUCUACCAAUGUGGCCAUCAGCGUACCCCAGCUUCAGCCGAGCGGUCAGACUAGAGACCGCACUGCCACGCUGACCCAUCAGUUUGGCUUUGCAGGGGUCUUUGGACCAACGUCCACCCAAGAUGAGGUCUUCGAUUUAGUGGCUUCCCACAUCGUAGAUGGCUUUCUAUCCGGUUACAAUGGGACCAUAUUUGCGUAUGGACAGACAGGAUCUGGGAAGACACACACCAUUGAGGGUGGGGCCAAGUCCUACUCAGACCGUGGACUCACGCCAAGGGCUUUAUCAAGGAUCUACAAAUCCUUGGCGAAUCAGAAGUUUGCUGAACUUUCCAUCAAGGUUUCCUACCUAGAGAUCUACCAGGAAGUUGGCUAUGACCUUUUGAACCCUACGACAAGACCAGGAAAUGUUGUCACACAUCUACCCAAGGUCACUGUCACCGACGGACCAAACAACUCCUGCGUCGUACGCAACCUCUCCAUGCACCUCGCAGCGGAUGAGCGUGUUGCUCAGUCUCUUCUGCUGCAAGGUCAGGCAAGCAGGAAGGUCGCUGAGACGCCCAUGAACCAGCGAUCUUCCAGGUCCCAUGCUGUCUUUACCAUUUAUGUCAAGGCCAGACAGAAGGGCUCACAUGCUGUCAAUAAAUCCAAGUUACAUCUAGUUGAUCUAGCUGGUUCAGAGCGGGUGGCCAAGACCAAGAUAGCGGGACAGCAGCUCCAUGAAGCCAAGUCCAUCAACCUCUCUCUGCAUCAUCUAGAAGGGGUCAUCAUUGCCCUGCAGGGAGGGCAUGGAGAGGGGUCAAGGGUCAAAGGUCGUAGGAGAGCCUUGAGUGCUGGGCCUGUCAGGAACAGAAGGAUUGGAAGUGCAUCUAGCACUCGAUCUCUGCCAUAUCAUCGGUCCAUGUCCAUGGGUGGUCAUCGCCAUGUUCCAUACCGAAACUCACUUCUCACCAUGGUCUUACGAGACAGUUUGGGGGGUAACUGCCUGACAGCGAUGAUAGCUACCGUAUCGGCCGAAGAUAUCAACCUUGGUGAAUCUCUCUCAACCUGUCGCUUUGCAAUGAGGGUAGCUGCUGUUCAGAACAAGAUCAGUCGCAAUGAGGUUAUCGAUGAUAGGACGAUCAUUGCAAGACUGAGGAAGAAGAUUGCCAAUCUAGAAGAAGAAAUCCUGGCUCUCAAGUCAAGGGUUAGAGAAGGCGAUCAUUUGAAGGAGCCUACCCCUCAUCAUCACCAAUCUGACUCCACCACCCCCGUCUCACCAUCAUUAACACCAUCCAUGAAAGCUCCCUCCUCAUUGGCCGAUACUCCCAAACCUGUGGUUGCACCGGCCAAUGGGAGUGGACUUAGCAGAGAAGGGAGGCAGCUGUGUGCUCGAAUCAUGCAAGGGUUUGUGAGUGGGAGAGUGACGGAUCCUGUUGCAUCGGGUGUCUCAGAUUUCUCUCGGUUUCGAGAAUGUCUGCGGAUUCUUAGAGAGAUGAUCCAUCGCUCUUACGCGUACCACCAAAGAUACAACCCCACCCUGCUCGCUGAUCAACAGGUGGGGUCAAAGGUCAAGAGGUCGGAAGAGCAUGUUCCAGAUGCGGAGAGGUCACCUGAAGGUGUCAAAGUCAAGUCAAGGUCAAGUAAUGAGAAAGGACAUUCCAGAGGUUACAAGUCACCGUUUGAGAGGAAAAGGGAGAAAGAAAUCUCCAAGCUGGGUAAGAAUGUCCAGACCCAGAUCACCGAACAGAAACAGCAGCGGAGAGAUCUUAUGGAAUUCAAAACUCUCCUCAAACAACAGCAGCUAGAGAAUGCUCUUAGAGACCUGAGCAACAAGAUCAGUACGACUUCAAGCCACUUAGAGAAACAACAGGAGUUGGUAGAAAACCUACGGCAGUACAAAGCAAGCAGAGAACAGAUCACAGCUGAGAGAAUUGCACAGAAACAACUGGCAAAGAAACUAGCCAAGUAUGAGAAAAGAUAUCAGCUUGCCGUAGAGCAUCUUCAGAUUGUUCAGAAUCACAUGGAGCUUCAAGAUAGAGUCUCAAAGGCGAGACAAUCCACCAAUCAGAACUCUUAUACCAGAGAGGGCCUAAUUAUCAACCAAUCAGAUGCAAGAAUGGACCCUUCCAGCCAAUUAGAGACAACGGUACAUCCCACUGGACAAGUGUCCUCCCCAUUUGACCAAUCAGAAGUGGUGUUAGAUAGCAGCGGUGUGGAGGUUGACCAAUCAGGAAGCCUGACUGAUAGGAUUGUGGAGAGGUGUCGGCACAAGAGCGGGAGAGUAGACUCCAGGAGAGUUCUGGAUAUACUGAAGCAAGAGGAUGGCAAACAUAAUAAGGUUGCUAAGGAGAUCAAGAAAGAACGGAUAAAGAAUUUUACGCAACACUUUGCACUCAAAGAAGAGGCCACGCUCACAAAACUACAGCAUUUCAAGGAGCAACUCCGGAGACAGCAAGAAGAUGAAAAACGCAGAAGUGAUUCUUCAUUGAGCAUGACACAAUCAUGGGAUGGUCAUGUGAAUACUGCAUGGUCUGAAGAUCGCAAGGCUGGGAGGUCACCAACUGGCCAAUUAGAUGCAAGCAAAAGUGACCCUGCAUCCGGUAUGAGACGAUCAUGUGAGAGUCAUGUGAAUACUGCAUGGUCAGAUGAUGUCAAGACAGAUAGGUCAAUGGUUGGCCAAUCAGUAGCUCUUGUUCCUACUGUAAAUGAAAGUGACUUUGCUAUUGAUGCUGGCCAAACUGAAAUUGAUGGAAAACAUGCUAACAACGGACCAAUGAGAUUUCAUGGCAGGUUGGUUUCUCCUAAAUCUCAAAUGCAGACUACUCCUCACCAAAAAACAUCCACCUCAGUCCAUCAAAGGUCUUCAAAGGAAAGUUCCCUUGAUCGGUUAUCACCCAAGAACAACAAUAUGGCUACUGAACCAAAUUCCGGUGCUACAGUUGUCGCAGAUCUGCAUGCAUUCAACGAAUGGCAUGACAGAUCGCCACCUGGGAGGACUCUGGAACUUCCAAUGGCCAAGACAGCAGUCACCACCAAAGACUCAAUAUCCCAAGGAGCAGAUGCGGAUUCUGUUCAUGCAUCCAGUGUCACUCUAGGCAGUGUGCAGUCUUCUCUGUCCCCAUCUAUGUCCACACUACGUAGUUCUCCCAUUGUUGGAGAUGCAGCUAGCAGUUCUCUUGGAGAGGGUUCCACCAUGUUUAAUCAAGAUUCGAGAAUAUCUUCAGAGAAUUCAAGAAGCUCCUCUACGCUAGGAUUGUCCUUGCAGGAUGGACCAGCUGCAGGCCAUUCUGCGGAUUCCCUCUUCCACAAGACGUCUCGAUUGCCUGAGCAGCCAUUGGGCCAGACCAUGACUGACCCCAGAAGAAGUUCCUUCGACGCGGCGCUUUCCUCCAUGUUACAUCCGAACAGGUCAAAGGUCAACCCUGCAGUCCAGGAGGUUGAGAAGCCCAAAACACAAAAUUAUGGAGAUGUCACUGCAGCUCUCAAGUCAAAGCUCCUGGAUUACCUGGGUGGUGAGCCAUCUAGAGCUAUCAGCAGUAUGGACUCCCUGCAGGAUGACUGUUCAGGGUCUUCCAUCAACAGUGGCUUCACAAGGUCCUCCAUGCUGAGUGAUGCCUUCGGGAGAUCCUCAGUGAGAAGUGCCUUUGAAGGAUCCUCAGUCAAUAGUGCCUUUGAAGGGUCUUCAGUCAAUAGUGGCUUUACAGGAUCUUCCAGCAGUAGUGUAGUUGAAAGAUCUUCAGUGAAAAGUGCCAUUACAGGGUCUUCUAUAGGUAGUGCUUCAAGAGAACCUUCAGUGAACAGUUCCUUUGCAGAAUUUUCUAUCAACAGUGCCUUUGAAAGAUCUUCACUCAAUACUGCCUUGGAAAGAUUUUCAGUGACUACUGCCCUUACAGGGUCUUCCAGUAAUGGUGCCUUCCCACGUACAGAUGAUAUCACUUCACUCCAGACAGCUCACACUCCUCUGGAGGGGAAGGGCAUGACGAGUAAGACAAUCACAUCUUCAAAACCCCCUACUUUCCAAAUAGGUGCUUCCAGCUCUACAUUGAACAGCAUAGGGGAGGAAGAGUCCAUUAUAGCAAGAGGGGAAGAUGAAGUUGACCGGGAUGUCUUUGUAAGAUCCGAGGUCAAGGCAAUGGAAGAGGCAGAAGGUCAAAGGUCAUAUUUAUCAGCAGCCAGAGCAAACAAGGAACGGAUUGAGAAGAUUAGGAAGGCAAUGAGAUCAGCUGAAGUAAUCCAAAGAGCUUGGAAGAAAUACCGCAAUCAAAAGAAGUGACAUUGUCAAUAUCUUCUGGGACCUGGGCCCCAUUUCACAAAACUUGUCAUCAGUGACGAAUGACAGUUUUUUUUUAUAAGCUAGUGUAAUCCUUGCUUCUGAUUGGUUUAUCAGCACAUUUUUCACUGAAAAAAGGCUUUGUGAAACGGGUCCAUGUACUAGGGCGAUUCUGUGAGAUUUAUUCCUUUACAUUUCAGAAUUGUUUCAUCAAAGCGUUGUAAGUACAAGCUCAUCAUCAUCCCGUUAAAACACCAGUUUAAUUCAAUACAAGCAUUUCAAUGGGUUGUCAGCAGACUUGUUCUUAUGAGGGUUUCAUGCAUGAAGCCCUGCACUUUUAUCCAUUUAUUUCAUCAGAAAAAUUAAUACCUUUUAAUUUGACCAUUGAUCUACUUCCGGAAUGGUUCUUUUUAGUGUCAUGCAUGCAAUGCCACUAGUCAAUGGUUACAUGAAGAUAGUUUCAUUACUGGAUGAAACAAAUGAUAAAAAUCUUGUGUCAUAGGGGAAGAAUUAUAGCUCUCAAUCAGUGACUACAUGUAGUAACUCGUCUAAUCCUUGUUUUGGAAGUAAUGCAGGGAUUUUAGCAGCUGCACUGAAUGCAAAGCUUGGCUAGGGGACUAGUCAUAGAAAAUCAUCCUAGUGUUUAAGAUGGAUUUUUCUUUUUGAAUUGAUCAAUCUUUUUUAAAGGUUUUAUAAAUUUUAUAAGCAUUAUUUUUUUAUAUUUGUAUAUCUAAGUUAUUGGUGAUGAACAUUUUGCUCUGAAAUAUUUGAUUCAAGCCAGCUACACUACAAAUUAUUAAUAAUUGCUGAAAAUAUAUUCGUAUAUUGCAUAAUUUAUUUUUAAUGAUUUAUAUGCUUCAUAUGGCUGAGAAAUGUUCACCAACAUAAAUGUAUCUGCACGUGUGCCAAAGGAAUUAUAUUUUUCAAUAAAUUUUGUAAAAGACCUAUUGUAAA